AUGUGGUUAUUCUAUUUAUUAUUUGUUUGGUUAAUUGUUUCAAUAAAUGCAUCAGAAAGAAAAAUUUAUGAACAAAUAUUGUCGUCAGUUGAUGUUGAACUUAUUUCAUUUGCUAGUGCAUCAUUAACAAAAUAUUUUCGCAAUGAAGAGCAAGUUCGUUCAACACAUAUUAUUCGAAUAGAAACUGCUGUUGAUUUAGAAAAUAGUCGUCAAAUAUUUACUGUUCAUUUUCAAGUUGUUGCAACAGAUAAUGAUAUUACAUAUGAAUGUCCUGUAUCCGUUUAUGAUGAUCCUAUUGGACAUAUUCGUGCAAUUGUUCGUUCUAUAAUUUGUAUUUCACUGGAACAAGAUCCUCAACAGGAAAAAUUAAUUGGUGGCGAUAUUCAACGUAAUGCAAAUAAAAUUCCUUAUCCUUUUUUAUAUGGCACAAAAGUUCCUGUAGAACAUAUAACUUAUGAUGAAUUAAAUGACUAUGAUAAACAAUUAUUUGAAAGAUUUCAAAGGCUUCAUCAAAAAUUUUAUCUUGAUGAUAGAGAAAAAGAAAAACGAUUUGUGGUUUUCAAAGAAAAUUUGAAUCGAAUUGAACUGUUAAAUGAACAAGAAGAAGGCACUGCAAUUUAUGGAAUAACACAUUUGACUGAUCUUAAUGAGGAAGAAUUUACUCAAUAUUAUUUAAAUGAACGUCUUUCAUUUUCAAAACCUAUUCUACAAUCUUCAUUAUCUUUAAAAGAUCCAUUAAAAGUUACACCAGAAGCAUUUGAUUGGCGUAAUCAUAGUGCUGUAACAGAUGUUAAAAAUCAAGGUGUAUGUGGUUCUUGUUGGGCAUUUAGUGUUACUGGAAAUAUUGAAGGUGUUUGGAAAGUCAAAAAAGACAAUUUAGUUUCAUUAUCUGAACAAGAACUAGUUGAUUGUGAUAAAGUUGAUGAAGGAUGUAACGGAGGAUUUAUGACUGUUGCUUAUGAUCAAGUUAUUAAUAUCGGUGGACUUAUGACAGAACAAGAUUAUAAAUAUGAAGGAAAACAGCAUAGUCAAUGUCAACUAGAUAAAACCAAAAUAAAAGUUAAUAUUGAUGGAUAUUUAAAUAUAACAUCUGAUGAAAAUGAAAUGGCUGAAUGGUUAGCGAAUAAUGCACCGAUUUCUAUUGGACUGAAUGCAAACAUGAUGCAAUUUUAUUUUCGUGGUAUUGCUCAUCCUCAUCGUACGUUUUGUAAUCCACAAGGACUUAAUCAUGGAGUUUUACUUGUUGGUUAUGGCACUGAAGAAAAACGUUCAAAAUCGAUUCCAUAUUGGAUUAUAAAAAAUAGUUGGGGUGCCCAUUGGGGUGAAAAGGGUUAUUAUCGUUUAUAUCGUGGUGAUGGAUCAUGUGGCGUUAAUUUAAUGUGUUCAUCAGCAAUAGUUAAUUAA